AAAUUAAAUUAUUUCUAAAAAAUACAAAUACAACACAUAGUAACUUUUCGAUGACACAAUUAUUGAUUCCUUUUGUAUCAAUUUAGUGAUUGAGAAUAUUGGGAAGAGAAUUAGGGAUUGAAAUUGGAAAAGAAAGGGGAGAAAACACAGUUACCUGAAAAGGGGAAGCAGCUCAGAUAAUCCAACUUGGCGGUGUAACUCUGUAGUGCGACAACUGAACUUGACAAUGGCGGACGAAGAUUUACCACCUGCUAUAAGGUUGAUGAGUUUUGUCUCCGAAGAACAGUUGGAAGAAGCCAAGAGAACUCGGGGUGCUCGGGUCGAGGACGGAACUGCUCAGAGAGAUCGCCCACUUUAUGAGAUUUUGAAGGAAAACAAGGACAGGAAAGAUGCUGAAUUUAAUGAGCGAUUUAAACACCGACCACCUAAAGCCUUGGAUGAUGACGAGACCGAGUUCCUUGAUAAGCUUGAAAUGUCAAGGAGAGAUUAUGAGAAGCAAGUGGCUGAUGAAGAAGCUGAGCAGCUGCGAAGUUUUCAAGCUGCUGUUGCUGCACAGUCGACCAUUGUACAGGAAAUCAAGGAGAUGCCUCCUGUUCCGAAAGUCCAGGAACCGACAUUAAUUAGGAGGAAGAGUCGUCCACCUAAUCCAUUGGGAACGAUUAUCAAAGUCAAGCCACAAGCAAAGAAAGCAAAGAUGGAUCCAGAAACUUCAGGACAGCUGGGGAUUUGGCUCUCUGUCUUAAUAGUUUCACAUGAUUGGUUGAUGGAGAAUCAAAAGUAGAUUUGAUGUAUUUCUGAAUUUUUUCAGAAGUAAUUACAAGAUCAUGCGCCUUUUCUGGUUGUAACAGAAAUAGGUAUAACUGGCAGGUCAAGCCUAUGCCUGAAAUUAACAGCUAGCAAUACUCCCUUAAACGUAAGAGAUGCAAGAAGACAAUCGUUCGUCUCUCUUAAGGGAAUCGAAUGAUUAUGUUGGUACGAAGCUUGUUAUUAAGGAGGAAUUCUUGAAAAAAUGUACAAGAAGAAUGGAAAUAAUUAAAAUGCAAAAAAGAAGUAAGAAGCAUGCAGAAAAGAGAGCAUGAGUUUAGUAGUAUGGUUCAAAUAGCGUUGUCAUCCUCGGUUAGGUUUUUGCUUUUUUGGAGUAGGGAUGAAGCCAUCGAGUUAGGAUUU